GUCGCGAAGCCUCCUUGCCCGAGCGAUAUCUAGCAGUCUAGGUGGGUAAGAGGUGGAUAUAUAUACGGCCAGAUGGAGGACGAUAUACCCCAGGCAGUUCGAAACUGCUAUACCUGCAAGUAAGACCUGCCUGAAGUCGAAUUUCGAAGCGUCAAGGACCCUAUGAAGUUUAUAGGAGACUGUGCUAGCUGUAGGGCACGCCGAAGGGAACGUGUAGCCGAAUCCCGAGCCGCCGUUGCCGCCAUGCGGAAUAUUACCUUGAGGCUAUCGCCACGCAGAGCCACGAAAAGGACCGAUUCUGUAGCUAACCUGACGCCUCCAAGGCGGACUGCGCCAACGCCUGCGUCUGUGCACGGCUCACAACCUCCUGCCACGCCUGCUUUAUUCCGUGGCCUGGCGCCCGCACUCCAGGGACUGCCUAGACCUCUGCUGGGGCCAUCUACCCCAAGCGCGGUAGAGGGACCUUCCCCUAUCCCUGCUACCCUUAGCCUGCCAACAGUAGUUCUGGGCACGCCUAUUCCUCAAACGCCUAUUCCUCAAACGCCUAUUCCUCAAGGCACUCUUCCAACGGCUCCUGUUGUGCUAGGCACGCCUAUACCACAGGAAUCGUUCCCUACCACACCUUCAUUACUGCCACAGGGUCAUCGCCGCGGCUGCUAUACGCGUCAAGGCACCUUUAACCCACGGUCACGGCCACAGCCUCAAGAGCGACAGUUUGAUCAGAUAGUUGAUCCACCUUUAACAGCGGACCUUAACUUGCCUGCCCUUAGUGAGGAGGAUCGGGCCCUUGUGCGGGAGUUCUAUACUGCCCUGAAUGACGACAAGAUGCAUAGUUGCAUUCGCUGCCGGGAGCAUUGGUUCGAUAUGAAGCGAAAUAGC